GCUGUAAAGGUGCUAAAUUUGCAAGCACAUGGGACAACAAAAAGUUUCAUGACAGAAUGCAAAACUAUUAGUAAAGUCCAUCAUAGGAAUCUUUUGAAGAUUCUAACUACAUGUUCAAGUGUUGAUUACAAAGGCAAUGAUUUUAAGGCCCUUGUAUUUGAGUUCAUCCCUAAUGGGAGCUUGGAGAAUUGGUUAUCAGUGAAUGAACUUGGUGAACGUAGAGAUUUAUAGAUGAAUUUUAGACAAAGAUUGGAUGUAGCUAUUGAUGUUGCUCAUGCCUUGGAUUAUCUUCAUCAUGGUUUUGAGGAACCUAUUGUUCAUUGCGAUAUCAAGCCAAGUAAUGUUCUUCUUAGUGAUGAUAUGGUCGCACACUUAGGAGACUUUGGAUUGGCUAGGCUUCUUCAUGAAGUUACAAGCUACUCUGGAGAGAACCAAACUACACCUUCAGCAAUUAAGGGAACAAUAGGCUAUAUUCCUCCAGAGUACGGUGAAAGUGGCCAAGUUACAACAAAAGGGGACAUCUACAGCUAUGGGAUUCUUAUGCUAGAGAUGCUCACUGGAAAGAAGCUAGCAGAUAAAAUGUUUCGUGAGGAUCUAAGUCUACCCAAAUUCUGCAAGCUAGCAUUACCAGAUGGAGUCCUUGAGAUUGUGGAUCCAAAUUUUCUUGUUCUAUCUGAAUGAGACCAUAGGAAAGUUAUGCGGAAUUCAAAUAUGGAACGCCAAAUUCAAGAGUCUCUAGCUAGCUUUGCUAGGAUUGGUGUGGCAUGCUGUGCAGGAUUGCCUGGUGAAAGAAUGGAUAUCAAAGAUGUUUUAGCAGAGUUGCUUGCAAUUAAGCAAAAACUAUCCACUUUGAACAUUGUCAUAUGAAUUAGUGGAUAGCUCUUAUGACACUUCUCCGCUAUAUGGAGCUGGUAUAUUUAAUAAUU